UAGGGAGAACAACGUAAGCUAAAAUGAGGAAUUUCUCAACCUUUGUUCUUCUUGUUAUUGUUCUUUGGGCCGUUUGCGGAAAUGGACCAGUGGUGAUGAGUGAAGACACCUGUGAAAAGAGGCUACUUGGUUCAGAUUUUUCACCUGACUACUGUACUGAAGAACUGUGUGCUGGUAACUGUUAUAAUGUAUACGGGGAUACUGCUGUGGGGACAUGUAUUAAAUCUGAGGAAUGCUAUUGUAGUUUUCCUUGUUAAUUUCAUCCCAUGUUGAAAGAGCUUGAAAGGCAGACAAAUUUAUAACUUCAUCUCUUACGCAAAUUUACUCGAAAAUAAAGAAUAAAAAAUUAU